AUGACUGAAACGCUCACGACCAACAAGCCGGCAACAACCCUCCUCCGGCUGGCCUCCGGCAACGGCCCCGUCACACGCACCGUCCUGACAACCCCCCUACGCGAUGCCCUCCCCUCCGAGAUUCCCAUCAUCGACAUAGCCGGAGCCUUCAGCGACGCCCUCGCCGACCGCAAAGCCGUAGCGCAGCAGAUCCGCGCCGCCGCCACGACCUCAGGCUUCUUCUACAUCACCAACCACAACAUCCCCGCCUCAGACGACGUCGGCGGGCUGCAGGUGCUCAACCGCGAGGGGCAGUGGAUCCGCGCGUCGCCGGUGCCGGGCACCUUUGUCGUCAACAUUGCCGACUACCUGCAGCGCAUCACCAACGACCUGUACGUGAGCACGGUCCAUCGGGCUGUGAACCGCAGCGGCAGGGAGAGGAUCAGUAUGCCCUUCUUUUUCGGCUUCGGGCUGCACGAGAGCUGUGCUGUCAUCAAGAGCUGCCUAAAGGACGGCGAGGAGCCGAGAUAUGAGGAUAUUGGAUGUGACGCGUGGGUGAAGAAGAGGGCCCAGGCCAUGCACAAGACGGAUGCAGAUGACGAAGAUGCAAACUGA